AUGCCUCCUCGUUUCCACUCCCUCCCACCCGAGAUCCAGGACAUGAUCCUACAAGACGUCUCCCGAGAACCUUCGACCGUCCCUUACGCUGUGGUCUGCAAGUCGUGGCAGGAUUUCUUCGAACGCAAGAAUUUCAGGUCGUUGGCUAUCACCAAAGAUGACCUGCGCUGCCUCUCACGAUACCUGGUACCCCGACGCCAAGGUUUCGUCAAACACAUAUGGUAUCGAAUUUAUCUUCCCAAUUCCAACCCCAGGAUUUCAAACAAAAUCAAGAGGUCCGAAAAACCCAAAGUAACACUCCGUGCAGACAAAGUGUUUACAUACUCCAUAUUUGGACUCUGGGACAUCAUCUCUCUAUGGAACCCAGAGAAUCGAAUCACUCUUGAGCUAAGUGUAUUCGCAUUUGAUGAUUGGAUUGGUAUGCUGCGGCCAGAUCGUAUCUUUGAACUGGAUCUUGCUGCAUACAAGGUCCACAAGAAGUCCGAGUCAAGAGAACCUUACCAUUACGACAAUCCUCAUGGGCCUUACACUGAACAAUACGGCUAUUGGGGAUUGCCGAGUGCUGACCACAGGACACGGGAUUACUGGAACGCUUGUAGGCGUAACCUCAUAGGUUGGAGGGAUGUUCAACUCACCACAGCACAACGCGCAGAUGAUAUACCAUACUACAAGAAGAAGAAUGCCAUACUCCCUCGCGUCCCUAUUGUUUCCAAGUUUCUGAUCCGCAACACGCAGUUCCGUCGAAUCUAUCCAAAAACGCUAAUUCACAUGUUCCAAAGUUUUAAGAACCUUGAAGAUAUCACGAUCAAGCGGUGGGCCUUAGUUGGCGCCGAUGAAGAGACGGAUUGGACUCGGCUUGCCGCCCAAGCCUUUGCCGAGAGACUCCCAGCUUCAGUCAAGACACUAUCCAUCAACGGAAGAAAAGCCGUGGCGUUACAAGAUUGGGCUUCAAGCGAUGUCAAAUUGAGAGAUGUGUUAGGCAAACGCUUCCGCCAAUACUCCAAGAACCUAGAGCACAUGUGUGUAGUGGACAUCAUCGAUGCCGAAGAUUUCUUCAGUCUUUUUACUCUUUUCGACUUGGAGGAGGACUUGGAAUCGUUGAUAAAGUGGUCUCAUCUCGAGACACUCACACUAUCAACAGAUUUAUUCGAGACGCGAGAGCGAAAAAGGAUAGAGACAUUGCUGUACUCUGCGGCGAGGGCAGCACGAACGAUGCCAAAACUUCGAACACUAGAAAUCAGAAGCAGCAGAGACGCGCAGUGCUUCUUCCGGUACAAUAUAGUCGAAUCUAUAGCAGAGAUAACGUGGUCAGGGCCAGUUGUCGAUAGUACCAAAAUUAUGAAGGAGUGGGAAAAGACAUCUGCCUGGAGAGACAAUUAUGACGUAGUAAAUGACUUUUGA